CCACGGUCCACAGCCAGUGAGUCAGACUGUAGCUGAAGGGUAAACAUUGAAAGCAGUUAAAGUGUCACAUGCAAACACAGCCGUCAGUCAGCUGGUGUGGAAACAACAGCCCUCACCUGCUCCCUCUGGUAGCACUGACACCGGGAAGGUUGGAGGGAUGUUUGACACACUGUAUGAGUGGUUCUGGUGGGACAGAAUCUGGCUGCCUGUGAACCUGACGUGGGCUGACCUGGAGGACAGGGAUGGCCGGGUCUAUGCCAAAGCCUCACAUCUCUACGUCACUGUCCCCUACACCUUCGCCUUCUUACUCAUCAGAUUCCUUUUUGAAAGGUGGAUAGCAACACCACUAGCAGUCUCUGCUGGGAUCAAGCAGAGAGUCCAUCUGAAAGCAGCGGACAACCCCAUCCUGGAACGUUACUACGUUACUCGGAGUAGAAAUCCUGCUCAGGCAGACAUUGAUGGGCUGUCUAAGAAAAGCAGUUUGUCAGUGAGACAAGUUUUACGCUGGUUCAGAAGAAGACGCUGUCAGGACCUUCCCGGAAUAUUGAAGAAAUUCAGAGAAGCCAGCUGGAGGUUUGUCUUCUAUCUGUCGGCAUUCAUCGGAGGAAUAGUUGCACUGUAUGAUAAAGACUGGUUUUAUGACACUUCGGAAGUAUGGAUGGGUUUUCCAAAGCAGUCCUUGCUGGAGUCUCAGUACUGGUAUUAUAUCUUGGAGAUGAGCUUCUAUGGUUCUCUUCUCCUAAGCGUUGCCUUUGAUGUCAAGAGAAAGGACUUUAAGGAGCAAAUCAUUCAUCACUUGGCCACACUGGUCCUCUUAUCAUUUUCCUGGUGUGUCAACUACAUUCGAAUAGGAACGCUGGUUAUGAUUGUCCAUGAUGCCUCUGACGUUUUAUUGGAGUCUGCAAAAUUAUUCAACUAUGCCAAAUGGGACAAAACCUGCCAAAGCCUUUUUGUGCUGUUCGCCUUGGUGUUUAUGGUAACACGACUGAUCAUCUUCCCGUUCUGGCUGAUCCACUGUACCUGGGUCUACCCCGUUCAACAUUACCCUGCCUUCUUUGGCUACUACUUCUUCAAUGUGAUGCUGGUGGUUCUUCUCUGUCUGCACAUAUUCUGGACCUACCUCAUUUUCCGCAUGAUCAGAAAAUUCAUGUUUGGCACUCUGACCAGAGAUGAAAGAAGUGACAAUGAAGAGGAGGAGGAGGAAGAGAGCAGCCUGACAGAGGAUGAAAGUGAGGACCAGCAUAAGCUUGGCAACGGAUUGGCAGUUGGUGAGAAGGAGGACAAGAAGGACAAGAAUGGAUGCUUGUCUCCACCGGAGAACAUCUGCCGGUCAAAGACGUUACACUGACUCAAUAUGAUCAGUAGAGCCAAAGAUGGGAGAAAUACACCCGGCUCACUCUCGAAGCCUAAAAUACCACAGCUUGGUCAGUGCUUUCUACUAACUCCAAUGUAAACCCAACCGGAUCAUUAGCAGUCUAUCAGAGCAACUGAUGUAUUUUAAAUAGUGAGAUAACCAUUUAGGGCAGAUUGGAGGGGAGGUUGUAUGACCACUCACCCAGGAGACCACUGUUCUUGUCCUGUGUGGAACCAGAGGUCAACUUUGACUUAUUUUACUGUAGUUUCAUUACAUAAAAUUCCAGACUUUACAAAUGCCAGUUGCACAACAAGCAGUUAUUUUUCGUAACAAAUGUACUUUCUUUAACCCACAACAUGAUCUUUUUCCUUAACUUUACCCAGUGGUUUAGUUGCUUAAAUAAACCUAAAAACUAAGUUAACCUAUGUUGAAAGUUUACAUUGGAAAGGGACUUGAUGCAUGUACUGAGCAAAAACUGAGCUGCCAUCUCUAACAAGUCUAAAACUGAUGCAGGAGUAGGAGUAAGAACCGAGAGCGUCAGGGUUUGAAGCUAUGGACCACUGACAGAUUCAUUUGAUCGUACAUGGACUGAAAACAGGACAGCAUGUGAUUCCUUCAGAUACUGGCGCACAACCUAGCCCAAAUAAGCCUUGCUGUUCUCAGAGUCUUUUUAUUUACCUCCCUAACAGCGUUAUCUGUGGCAGAGCUUCAGUGCCAAGAGAGACCAGUGAACCAAACAAGCAAACGAAACACACAAUCCCUGCUGUGUGCUCAUCACCACGUCUAAUUUGUUUCAUAUUGUUUGAUAAGUGCAAGAGCUGGUUCAUUGCUUUACCUCCCUGUUUCAUCCAUCAAGGCCUGCUGGCUUUUAUAUCAACCUUCUGUUAGCUCGCACCACUUAUUUAUGGUCACAGGAAUGGUAUCCUGUAACACAAUAAACUUCUCCAGAAGAUUACCUUUAUACCUUCAUGCACUACUGGAACUUGUACACUACUGUGGUUAAAAGUCAAUAUUUAAUACUGCACUGUCAAACAGUGGCCUUCCAUGAAAAAUUCCCAUCUUGCUAUUUAGAGAGGGAAACAUUGUAACAAUAUUUAAGAUCAACACAUAUCAACUCCUAUUGUCCAUGCACACAUUUGUAUGAUAUAUUUGAAUUAUCCCAUAGAUAACUGGACAAAUAUUGACAAAAUGUGAUGUUUAGAUUCAUUAAAGCAAAUAUGACUUGGAUACAUUUUGGGUCAAUUCAUUGGAAUCAUAUGAGAUAAAAGGAUAUCAUUUUCAUUUCUUAGUGUAAAGAGAAAAACUCAAAUGAUACUUUCUGCAGCUUGUAGGGUAAGUGUAACAUCAAUUUUGGUUUUCAUCUCUUCAUGUAUGCAAGGGAGGCGCAGACAUCUGUACCCUGACCAAAAUGUAUGUCUGCUAGGACUAGUGGCAUCAACUUCUCAUAUGUGGAACAUGUUUGCGAACCCUUCCUCCUAACAUGUUAGGAGAGGUUGGGGUUGAUGGGUUCAUCAACAAAACCUCAUACGUACUAGUAAAGUAGUAAUUUUAACCCAAAUCACAACAUUUCCCUAACCUUUGUUUAGUUUUGGAUUGUACAGAUGAAGGAAUGGGCGUCACAUCAUAAAGGACUUCUUUGUGUUUAUUCUUGAGAACAUGGACAUAUACAUAUUUUGUUGUUUUUGAGAAUGACUCCUGUGAUGAGCUGAACAUUACAGAUAUAUAAUAUAUAAUGACAGUCAAUAGAGGACAUGCCUUUUCCAAAUAUAUACAAAAGCCAAAAAUAUUUUUGGAAGUGUACACUUGCCUAACAUCACUGAUUCUGUACCAAAUAAUUAAAUGAAGUACUGUGUUUGUUACUUCUCAUCACUUAACUGGAGAAAACAAGCACAGAAAACUGGUUGUUGGUUUAUUUUUAUUAUGGAAAUACUAAGUGGGAUUAUGGAUGAUUCAUAGUCAGUGUUGUAGGAUACAACGUUUGAGCCAUUGGCAAGCCUUUUAUAAACAUCCUAAAAAGAAAAUUAGGAAGGAUGCAAGAGUUAAAUUUCUUGAAGCAAUAUGAAGAUACUGUGUUGUUGGAUAUGCAUUCAUUCUUUAUUUUUUGAUGAAGUUCUGUCAGAUCUAGCAUAUAUGAAGUGUCACAAUUAUGUAGUCUUGAACACUGAACUGUGUAAUUCUUAUGCCAUGGCAAUACAAUUGUGAUAAACUGUAUGUAUUAAAAUUGUUUUCUGAAUGAU